AUGAGAACCAAUGGAGUGACAUUAUUUUAUAGUGGAUCAUCCGAUGGAAAGCAUGAGAAUGGAGUGGGUUUUUUAGUAAAUGACCAGUUGUUACCUUCUAUAAAGAAAUUUACUCCAGUAAACGAUCGCAUCUGUCAUAUUCGUAUAGCCGGAAAACAAUAUGACAUUAUACUGAUAUGUGUAUACUCACCCACAGAAACGGGUGAAGAAGACCUGAAGGAUAUGUUUUAUGAUGAAUUAGAAAGAGUGUACAAUGGUCUAUCAGGACACUGUUUAAAAAUUAUAUUAGGGGACUUUAACUCACAAGUUGGGCGAGAAACAAUAUAUAGACCUACAAUUGGUAGUGAGAGUAUACAUGAUUUGUGUAAUGGAAACGGCACCAGAUUAGUUGAAUUCGCAAUAGCUAAUGGCCUCAUAGUGAGCAGUAGUUUCUUCCCCAGGAAGAAUAUAAACAAAUAUACGUGGACCUCACCAGGAGGAAUUUACCAAAGUCAAAUAGAUCACGUCUUGGUUGAUAAAGUGCAUAGAUUAUGUAUCAAGGAUGUAAGGUCUAAAAGAGGAGCCGAUGGUGAUUCCGAUCAUUUCCUAGUACUAGUUAAGGUAAAACUAAUAUUAUCAAACCAUUGGAAAGCGAAAAGGAAGAAAACAAACACUACUAGGUUCGAUGUGGAUAAACUAGGAGAGGAAAGAAUACUUCAACAAUUUCAGCAGGGAAUAAAAGAUACACUGUAUAUUCAUACAAAUAGACUAGAAGAGCAUCCAGAAGUACAAACUGCGUGGGAAAUAAUUAAGAGCUCAGUCCUGGAGGUAGCAGACAACAUGAUAAAGCAACCUUCUAGGGGUAAAGCAAAGCAUUGGUUUAAUCAAAAAUGUGCAGAAGUCAUUAAACUACGCAAUGAGGCUAGAUUAGAAAUGCUACAAUACCCAACUCAGCCAAAUGUGGAGUUAUAUGUUAAAAAGAGAAAAGAAGCGCAUAAGGUGCUAAGACAGGAAAAAAGGAAAAUGGAAAAGGAAAAGAUUGAAAAAUUGGAAAGUUAUAGAUACAACCCUAAAGAAUUCUUUAGGCAGUGUAAAUCCUUAAAAAACGGAUUCAAGCCAACAACGCAAUUCGUAUUAAAUGGUGAAGGGGUACUAUUGUCAAAUAGUAAAGAUAAAACAGAGGAGUUUCGGAAGUACUUUGACCAACUUCUGAAUAGCGAACCCAAUUUAAACCAAGGAGAAGAUGACGAAGAAUGGGGGGAACCCACAAACGACAACUUGAGAAAUGAAGAAUUAGAACCAAACAGAGCGGAAAUAGAAUCAAUUAUUAAAUCACUUAAAAAUAAUAAGGCUGCUGGAGAGGACCGAAAUUUGCGCAGAAUUACUAAAGCUUGGAGGCCCAAGCCUAACGGAUGGGAUAUUUAA